AUGACACUCGACACAUCUUUGAAAGCCCUUGUUGAAGAGUGGCUGCGACUGGACCAGAACGAGGUAACGAAGGCCGAGGUGCAGCGGCUAUAUGCGGCUAAAGACAAUGCUGAACUAGAAAGACGAAUGAGGAAACGCAUCGAGUUUGGCACUGCAGGAUUGCGUGGCCGCAUGGCUGCUGGCUGGGCUUGCAUGAACGAUAUGAUCGUCAUCCAGGCCUCGCAAGGACUAUGCGCAUAUGUUCUGCAGAAUGUCCGCGAUGCGGCGUCGCGAGGCGUGGUCGUUGGACACGAUCACCGACACAACUCAGAGCGGUUCGCACAGCUGACGGCGGCAGCCUUCCUAUCCAAUGGCGUGAAGGUGUACCUGCACAGGGGCCUUGUACACACCCCCAUUGUACCUUUUAGCGUGAAGAGAUUGAAUGCGGCGUGUGGUGUAAUGAUCACUGCUAGUCACAAUCCGAAGCAAGACAACGGUUACAAAGUCUAUUGGGAGAACGCAGUGCAGAUUAUUGAGCCUCACGACAAGGGUAUCUCAGCUUCCAUCAAAGCGAAUCUCGAGCCUCAAAUAUGGCAGACGGACAGCAUUCAUAACUCUCCCCUAUGCAUUGACAAGACCGAAGAGAUGAAAGAGGCGUAUUUCUCAGCUCUCAGUACGCUCUGCCUGCAGAGGCCUUUGAACGAGCAAACAUCACUGAAGUUCGUCAGCACUUCGAUGCAUGGCGUAAGCCACCCAUUCAUGACUCGGGCUUUCGAACAAUUUGGUCUGUCUGCCUUCACCCCUGUAACGGAGCAACAAAUACCGGAUCCAGACUUCCCUACAGUCAAGUUCCCUAAUCCAGAGGAGAAGGGUAUGGAUCUUGCUAUCAGCACUGCGAAUGAAUGUGGUGCCGACUAUGUCCUAGCGCAGGAUCCGGACGCAGAUCGAUUUGCCGCUGCAGAGAGGGGCAAGGAUGGAAAGUGGAUUAUGUUUACCGGGGACCAGCUAGGCACCCUUUUCACAACUUCAGUCUUUGACAAGUACAAAACUUCCGGGAAACCGAUCGAAAAACUCGCAAUGGUCGCCUCCACGGUCAGCUCCAAGAUGAUCGAAUCCAUGGCAAAGGCGGAAGGCUUCAAGUUCGCGGAAUGUCUCACGGGAUUCAAAUUCAUCGGCAAUACUGCACUGAAGCUGGAACAAGAAGGAUAUCAAGUCCCCUUCGGAUACGAAGAAGCCAUCGGCUUCAUGUUUGGCUCGGAGAUCCGUGACAAGGACGGUGUUGCCGCCAGCGUGAUGUUCGCGGAGAUGGUAGUAGCCUUGCGAAGACAGGGCAAGACUGCUAGCUCCCACUUGCAAGAACUAUACAAAAAAUAUGGCUUCUUCCAGACAAGCAACAGCUACUUCAUCUGCAACGAGCCAGCAACGAUCGACAAAAUCUUUGCUAGAAUGCGCAACUAUGACGGUGCCGUGUCUGCAAGUCCCAGCUACCCUAAGAAAAUAGCGGGUCUGACCGUCACCAGUGUUCGGGAUCUGACUGUCGGCUACGAUAGCGCUAAUCCUCCAUCAUAUAAACCGACUCUGCCGCUGUCCUCCGGCCAUAUGAUACAGUUCAGAGCGGAGUCGCCCACCGACGGCACCAAGAUCACGCUUACAACGAGGACAAGCGGCACGGAACCAAAGAUCAAGUAUUACCUGGAAGGCAGUGGAAACGACGCCAGUCAAGUAGCCUCACUUCUGCCACGAGUCGUGGUUGAACUAGCCAAUGAGUGGAUGCAGGCAAAGGAGAAUCAGCUCGGGCUACAGUGA